CCGACGCAGCGAACGCAUUCGCAACGAAUUCAACCGAAAACCAAACGUACGGAAACUAACGGACAAACGAACAGACACUGACCAACAAUAGGCAAGCCAGGAAACAGUAAUACAAUUGAAGACAAUAAAGUUUGAAAAUCGUCGUGUGUGAAAAGUGCGCGUCUCCUAAGUUGAAAAGAAAAGCAAAAAAAUCCAAGUAUACUUUUCGGCUGUUUAGUGUGUGCGGGGAGCAAAAAAUACGCGAAAUUCUUAAAUUUUUUCCACUCCUCAUUUUAACCAACAAAGCAGCAACAUUAUCUCUAGUUCCUUUGUAGUGAUCGCGCUUUAAGCUUUGUGUUUGCAGCGUAUAGUGCGCGCCGGAAACGCGACAACGAAAAUCUAACAACAACUAUGGCAGCUAAACAUUUAUCAUUGGCAGCGCCUUGGGCUAUGUUGCGCCUGUGGCUUGUGCUCGGCAUGACGCUAAACGCGCUACAACAACCGUUCUUGGUUCAAGGAGCUGACGCUGACGCUGACGUUGACGGUCCGGCUGCUCCGCCUUACGACCUGGACGCGCUAAUAAAUCGGCUUGUAUAUCCAAAUCCGGUAUAUCAAUUGCAUGCCUCCGCACUUCGCAGCCAACUACGCAACGCACUCCUCGAACGCCAACUAGCCGCUGCAGCGGAAGAGAAUGAACUCGCCUCUAAUGCCGCAGCACCGGACUAUGAUUACUUCGACGAAGACAAACGCUCUGUGGCCGCACUCGCCGCCCAAGGUAUGCUACAUCCCAAACGCAGUCUUGCAACACUGGCCAAGAACGGACAAUUACCCUCACUACCCGAUCCCGAGGAUGUGGAACCAACUGCACCGAAUGAAGACAAACGCUAUGUCGGCUCGUUGGCGCGCAGCGGCGGUUUCGCCACGUACGGCAAACGUAAUAUCGGCACACUGGCACGUGACUAUCAGUUACCACAAAAUGGCAAACGAAAUCUGGCUACAUUGGCACGUCUGGGCUUGCUAACCCGAGGUGAAGGUGGUAAUAAGCGUAAUAUGGCUGCUGUGGCACGCUACAAUUCGCAUGGACGUCAGGCGACUUUGGCACCCACCGACAAGCGAAAUAUUGGCGCAUUGAAAGCUUCACCAGUGCAUGGCGUACAACAGAAGCGCGGCGAGGAGGAUGAGGUUUACUUGCCAGCUAGUUUCUUUGGCGCUGAUGCGGAUUAUGCCGAGUUUGUGCCCAACUAUUGGUUGUAUCCCAGCUAUGCCGAUUUGGAUUGGGGUGACUUUGGACGUGCCCAAAAGCGUUUCUUAGAUACCUCCAGGGAUCCCGAACUCUUUGGCAUCGAAAAUGCACCACCGCCCGCUGACUACAACGACUACAUGCCCUACAUAGACGGUCUCGAUCCUGGCGAAGAAAUUGCCUUGCUACCACCGCCUGAGGACCCCUACAACUAUACCACUACACCGCCCGACGGCGCACCGUACGGACCGCCACAGAAACGUCACAUCGGCGCUGUCUAUCGUUCGGGCUUCUUACCCUCCUAUCGUUCGUUGCGCAGCACUAUCGGCAGUUAUGGCGGUUAUGGCGGCGGCGGCGGCAGUCGUUUUAGUCGCUCUGGACGUGCCAGGCAAUUUGUAUGAGUAAAUGGCGGUGAAUUUGUGUGUUAAUUGCUGAUGAACUUAACUACCACUACCACUUAACUACCACAUACACACACCCACUACUACCACUCUAAUUUGUUUU